UAAUGGUUAUCGUUUGUUGACAGAAAUAGCUGUGGGAUCGAUCAAUAUGAAGACAGCGGUAGUUUGCCUGUUGCUGGUUGUCGCAGUGUCUGCGGCUCCUCAGAGAGAAGGUGCUGCCUACACCAAGGAAGCGAUCAAACAGGCGCAGAGCACAUACCUUAUUCCAAAAGAUGCUGUUAUACAAAAGGUCGAAGAAGGUAUUGAGCUAGCUGCUUAUGAGUCGAUUCCCGGAAACCAAAGGAUUAACCUUUUCGAGAUCCUUGGAGACCAGCUACCCUCAGAAGUCAUCAACAAUUUGGAGACACAAGUCAACCAUAUUGGCAAACAAUGAUCAACAUAAUAUAAGGCUAUAAAUUUAAUGUUAGUGGAUGCUUGAUGUGAGGUACAAACAUAUUCUUCAAAAGAUUGUAUUGUGUAAGAUCUCCUUUUAACGCAUAUUUUUAUAAGAUCGCAUUUAUACUCUUUGUAACGGCUGAUUUUCGGUAUUUUUUCAAAUUUUUCACUUAACAUUUAGUCAAGCAUUGACAAUUGCGAAAUUCUGAAAAGUUUUGUAAUUGUUUUUAGUAAUACAUCUUUUAAGGCUGACUGUCAAAAUACUUAUCACCUCUAUUGUAUGAAACAUAGUGUUUAUACGAAUUUUGUCACAAAAUAUUAAUUAAUAUAAAAUUCAUAUUUCUUUCAAGUUCUGAGUAAAAAUUGGUGAAAGUCAUUGUUAAGACAUUAAUAAAAUUGUACACAUCACAAAUGAAUAAGUUAGUUUCAAAAGGAAUAUUUUAUUCCUCCUCUUUUAAUGGUCAUAAAGUCUCGCAAAUGCAGUGAAUGUGAUAUGGAUACAUCUUUUAUACUUUUGUAAAUACAUUUAGUACAAUAAAUUAUAUGUUUACAA